CGCCCCGCCCUCAUCCGCCGCCCUCAUCCGCCGCCCUGAUUGGUUGGAUGCCGCCCAAUCAGGAGGCCCGGCGACCCGACCCGCGUUUCCGGCUAGCGCACCGGAAGUUGCAGCGAAGUGGUUGCGCCUGCGCAGUACAUCACCGGAGGCGGGCCUCGCAGGUCCGGGAGCGCGGCGGAGACGAUGCCUGAGAUCAGAGUCACGCCCUUGGGGGCCGGCCAGGACGUGGGCCGAAGCUGCAUCCUGGUCUCCAUUGCGGGCAAGAAUGUCAUGCUGGACUGUGGAAUGCACAUGGGCUUCAAUGACGACCGACGCUUCCCUGACUUCUCCUACAUCACCCAGAACGGCCGCCUAACAGACUUCCUGGACUGCGUGAUCAUUAGCCACUUCCACCUGGACCACUGCGGGGCACUCCCCUACUUCAGCGAGAUGGUGGGCUACGACGGGCCCAUCUACAUGACUCACCCCACCCAGGCCAUCUGCCCCAUCUUGCUGGAGGACUACCGCAAGAUCGCCGUAGACAAGAAGGGCGAGGCCAACUUCUUCACCUCCCAGAUGAUCAAAGACUGCAUGAAGAAGGUGGUGGCUGUCCACCUCCACCAGACGGUCCAGGUAGAUGAUGAGCUGGAGAUCAAGGCCUACUAUGCAGGCCACGUGCUGGGGGCAGCCAUGUUCCAGAUUAAAGUGGGCUCAGAGUCUGUGGUCUACACGGGUGAUUAUAACAUGACCCCAGACCGACACUUAGGAGCUGCCUGGAUUGACAAGUGCCGCCCCAACCUGCUCAUCACAGAGUCCACGUACGCCACGACCAUCCGUGACUCCAAGCGCUGCCGGGAGCGAGACUUCCUGAAGAAAGUCCACGAGACCGUGGAGCGUGGUGGGAAGGUGCUGAUACCUGUGUUCGCGCUGGGCCGCGCCCAGGAGCUCUGCAUCCUCCUGGAGACCUUCUGGGAGCGCAUGAACCUGAAGGUGCCCAUCUACUUCUCCACGGGGCUGACCGAGAAGGCCAACCACUACUACAAGCUGUUCAUCCCCUGGACCAACCAGAAGAUCCGCAAGACUUUCGUGCAGAGGAACAUGUUUGAGUUCAAGCACAUCAAGGCCUUCGACCGGGCUUUUGCUGACAACCCAGGACCGAUGGUUGUGUUUGCCACGCCAGGAAUGCUGCACGCUGGGCAGUCCCUGCAGAUCUUCCGGAAAUGGGCCGGAAACGAAAAGAACAUGGUCAUCAUGCCCGGCUACUGCGUGCAGGGCACCGUCGGCCACAAGAUCCUCAGCGGGCAGCGGAAGCUCGAGAUGGAGGGGCGGCAGGUGCUGGAGGUCAAGAUGCAGGUGGAGUACAUGUCAUUUAGCGCACACGCGGACGCCAAGGGCAUCAUGCAGCUGGUGGGCCAGGCAGAGCCAGAGAGCGUGCUGCUGGUGCAUGGCGAGGCCAAGAAGAUGGAGUUCCUGAAGCAGAAGAUCGAGCAGGAGCUCCGGGUCAGCUGCUACAUGCCGGCCAAUGGCGAGACGGUGACGCUGCCCACAAGCCCCAGCAUCCCUGUAGGCAUCUCGCUGGGGCUGCUGAAGCGGGAGAUGGCGCAGGGGCUGCUCCCUGACGCCAAGAAGCCUCGGCUCCUGCACGGCACCCUGAUCAUGAAGGACAGCAACUUCCGGCUGGUGUCCUCAGAGCAAGCCCUCAAAGAGCUGGGUCUGGCUGAGCACCAGCUGCGCUUCACCUGCCGCGUGCACCUGCAUGACACACGCAAGGAGCAGGAGACGGCAUUGCGCGUCUACAGCCACCUCAAGAGCAUCCUGAAGGACCACUGUGUGCAGCACCUCCCAGACGGCUCUGUGACAGUGGAGUCCAUCCUCAUCCAGGCAGCCGCCCCUUCUGAGGACCCAGGCACCAAGGUGCUGCUGGUCUCCUGGACCUACCAGGAUGAGGAGCUGGGGAGCUUCCUCACGUCUCUGCUGAAGAAGGGCCUCCCCCAGGCCCCCAGCUGAGGCCGGCAACUCACCCAGCCACCACCUCUGCCCUCUCCCAGCUGGACAGACCUGGGCCUGCACUUCAGGACUGUGGGUGCCGUGGGUGAACAGACCCUGCAGGUCCCAUCCCUGGGGACAGAGGCCUUGUGUCACGUGCCUGCCCAGGCAGCUGUUUCCAGCUGAAGAAACAAACUGGUGUCCAGGCUGUCUUGCCUUUAUUCCUGGUUAGGGCAGGUGGUCCUAGACAGCAGUUUCCAGUAAAAGCUGAACAAAAGA